GGGUGUUAUACGCCAUGAUUGAAAAAUAUUUUGAGAGUUGCAGAAUCCACUAAUGUUCUCACCGUUCAUUGUCUUUUAACGUCAGUGUGGAUGAUUAAGACACGAUUUCCAAAUUCUUCAGAUAUCCAAAUUUACUUUGCAGAUCAGAACUAAGCCAUUUUAGAUGUAAGACAACGGUGUUGUCAUGGCAACUGCAGUGAUGCCUAGCCGUCAUUCUAAUGCCAAACUUUUCCACGAGCUUAAACAACUGUUUCCAGAAUUACCUGAUGAUGUUGUAAAAACGCAUAUGCAGCAGAAUUCGUACAACCACGACAAAUGUGUUGAAGAUUUGAAACGGCAGAGUGAUCGUUAUCUUUAUGGGACACAAUCUUUGAUGAACAGUACAUCAAGUACACCAAAUACAAGUAGUAAUAUAACUGCAAUGGAUGUAACUAGUCGGCCACGUACUAAUAGCAGUCCUAGUAACCCAAGUACCCAGAGAGCAAGAUCUGUAAGCCAGGACAGGGGCAUAAAUGAACGCUAUACAGUGACACCCCCACCCCCCAGUCAGGGACAUCCUCCCAAUCAUCCCUCGGGACAGCCCCAUGGACAUUCUAUUUUGAUGCAUAGUAACACAGUGCCCCAAUUCCAAGGCCUCCAGCCUUUGCAUGUUGAAACGGGGCCACCCACAGCACCAGUUAUACCAGCUAACCAAAAGCCAUUUCUUUAUGGGAUAUCUGGGGCAGGAGUAUCUCAUCAGAAUAGUUAUCCACCUAAUAACAAUACAGUGACUGGGUCCCCUCAACAGUUUGCAUAUAAAACCUCCACUAAUUAUGUGCCUGCGCACAAUCAAGUGCAACAAACUUAUCAUUUACAGUCGCUUCCUCACCCCCAGUUCACAUCACCAUUGCAACCGGGUGCAUCAACUCUACAACAUGGGAGUGUACUUGGUCAACAUUUCACUCCUCAAUCCCAACGGCAGCAUCAGAAUCUUCAAUUCUCCCAGGAACCACAUAGUAUGCCCCCUAUGGGCCAUUAUGGACACGGAGAGCCUAAUUACAGUGCUUCAAACCCAAAUCACUUCAAUGAACAUUUUUCACAGGGAACCAACUUACAAGGUGCCCCACAGCAUGUCUCAACAUCGCAAUAUUAUAAUAGCCCAAAUCCUGAACAAUAUCCACAAAACUCAGCAUAUAGUCGGUCCGCACGCUACACAUCUGAUAAGUCUCCUGGAUUCCAAGGCACCAGUCCUCACCAAUAUAAAUCUGAGACUACAACAGUGACUGUCUUUGUUCCCCCACCUCAGGGUGAGUCUGUCACACCACCUAGUGGGGCAAUGAAUUCGCAGCACAUAGGCAGGAUUAAAUAUAAUACAAAGACUGGUCAAGUUAACAUUGAAAACCGUGAUGCCAACACCAUGUCCCCCAGGGCUAGAUUUUACCUUCCCUCGGGGUCUAGCCAGGGGGGUAGUAAGAGUUCACACUCCAGUCCUUCUACCCCUACACAUCCAUUCCUUGGGAUAACUUCUCAAGAUGCAAUUUUACAUGGUGGCUCAAGGGAGAAUCUGUUAAUGCAGAACAUGUAUGAAGCAGAUCAUAUGCAACAAAGACCUAUUGCACCAGCUGCAAGCUGGGAAAGUUUAGAUUUUGAUGCUUUAGAGAAUCCUCAUCAACGUAUUAGAUCAGAUAGUGUUUGUAGUGAAGACCAGGCUUACACACAAGCCCUUAUUUUACACCAAAAAGCCAGGUAUUCUAAAUUACAAGAAGAUUUACAAAAAGAGAAAGAAGAAUUGAAUACAAUAAAAAUAGAUUUAGAUGCAAUAGAGGAAUAUAUGGAGGGAAGGAGACAAAGAAGCAAUCACUUUCCUAAGGCAAAAGAUCUACAUGAUAUCCGAGACAAAAAUAGAAAACUGCAGAUUGAAAUACAGCUUAUGACUAGAGAAGUGGAUUUACAUGGGACUGCUCCACUUGGCAUAGUAGACUCAAAGGAACAAGAGGACUUCUAUAAAAAUAUGCCCCAACCUGUGACUGGCCAACAGCUUCGCCCUCCGAGACCCGGCUCUUUAGAACUGGUCACAAACACAAGGCAACCACCUCUUAGACCUCCACCUUUUAGUCUACAGAGGGCCCCCUUUCAUAAUCCACCCCCUCCGUAUGACCCAUACCCCCCUCAAGCUUCCGCAAAUAACCCUGAACACCAAAGCCAGCAGGCUACUAUGCGAAGUCGCAAUGAUGAGGACAUAGAUGAAGGGCCCAGGUGGAAUUGCGCUUCCUGUACUCUAGAGAAUCACCCAGCCCUCGAUAAAUGUGAAGUCUGUGAAAUGCCAAGAAAAGGUACUCCAAGGUAGCAGAAGGGUGUGAAAUAUACAUUGAAAUGUUUGCAGUAACAGUUAAUUUACUGAAUCAAAAUACAGUGAAGGAAUUGAUUCACAGUAUAUCAUAGAGUGCAAUCAGCUUAGAUAUAUUAGAAAGAGGACUUUAAACUUACUAAAAUGUGUCAUAAACAAUUUUGGCAUAACUUGCCAAGAUUUCAUUGUUGAGGUAUAAUCCAAACAAUUAUUUGCAAGUAAAUAGAUGGUGCUGCUGUGUUCUGAAUGAUAGUGGGUGAUUCCACCGGUGGAACAGAACAUCUUGAUGGUCAUAAUAUUUCCAUGCUUUAUACUAUUACGUACAUAUUCAACUUAUGUUGACUUCAAUGUUUGCCGAUGGACUAAUAAUGGAUAAAAAAUCAAUUUAUAUAAGUCAUUUACUCUAAAUUAUAUCUUGAAAUUUUGCAACAUAUUAUAUGGAUAAUUAGGCCUUUCAUUCAGUAUUAUUAUCAUGCCUUGAAAAUAUGUUGCUCCCUGUGAAAAGGCCUGACCAUCAUGACAUCAAAUUAGAUGUGCCAGUUAGGCGUGUAGAAUUAGGACAAGAACAGCAUUUCAUGGACAUAGAAAGAUAUUUUGAAGGG